CCAAAAAAAAAAAAAAAAAAUCCAACGACCAUCUCCAUUCUCACUGUUGAGACUCGCCUUCGCGAGGCUUUCUCCGACGCUGCCCAACUCCAUUCCGAACUCCGCCAUCCGCCGCCCACCUCACGUCCCACUCGCCUCCGAGCCCAACCACACCCAUCCCUAAUCAACACCAUUAUGUGCAGGUCGAUUUGCCUCCGCCACACGAGCACCAAAUCCAUUGUUGAGCACCCAUUCCCUUUAUGUGCAGGUCUUAGUUUUGGCCUAUUCCCCUCUUGAGCACCAAGUAUUAUUUCCCUUCUCCUUCACCAAAAAUUUGGAGCUAGUUUAAGGUUAAGAUUGAGCGACUCGACUCGAGAGGGAGGACGAGGUUGCGGUAGUCCUCGUGGUUAGAGGUGAGGAUGGAAUCGCGAGACUACUGGAGGCAAGAGAAGGAGUAAGCAUGGUUGGUAGUGGUGGGGAUUAAGGUUUGGUACUGGUGGGUUUGAGGACUUGGUGGUGGAACCGUGGAAGGAGACGAUGCUUGGAGACAUUCCACCCACACUCGGCGAAGUUGCAGAGUAGAAGUCUCUCCUCGCCACCACCGCGAACAUGGAGAAGAAGAAGAAGAAGCAAACCGCUCAACGAAACCCUAACACUUCUUCGCCACAGAAGACGAAGAUGAACUUCGGAACCAGUGGCCUCCAGAUAAGCGAAGACGAAGCCUCCCACUUGGUCGGUCGUAUUGUGGAGAAAGGAAUUUCAGAUGAACCACCAACCAAACCCUACUUACCUCCUAAUCCCACCGUUCUCCCUUUCCCCGUCGCUCGCCAUCGCUCUCACGGCCCGCAUUGGGCUCCAGUUGGUAGUAAAGCGAGUGCUGGUUAUGGUGAUGAUCGUGAUGAGGAUGGUGGGUUAAGUGACGAAGAUGAUAGAGCUUUCAUGGACGUUGAUCCAAUAGCGCCUUUUGCUAAUCCUGUAGAGAGGAGGAAGAAGAAAGGCGUGGAUUUUAGCAACUGGAGAGAGCUUGUAGCUGGUGAGAAGUCAGCCAUGGCUGAGAAAUUGGAAGGAAAUGUGAUACGCUCCUCAGCAAAAACUGAAAAACGAGAGAAAGAUAGACAACCAAUUGAAACCGUGAGUGAGAGUGAAGAUAGUGAGGCUAGUUCUUUUGCAAAGAUGGAGUUAGAUUACUCAAAUAAUGACCAUUUGUUGGAGAUAUUAAAGAAAAGGGAGACAAACUAUUCAGCUUCAACUGUGGUUUCCCCCGGAACUGAUUCAGGUCACAAGCAAGAAACCAUGUGGCUUGAGAGUGAGAUUGACGCUGAAAAUCGAGCGCGAUUACAGGGAAUGUCGGCUGAGGAGCUUGCAGAGGCACAAGCUGAGAUAAUGGAGAAGAUGGACCCUGCAUUGCUGAGGCUACUUAAGAAGAGGGGUCAAGAAAAAUUGGAGAAGCAAAAAUCCUUGAGCUCGGAUGUUAUCGCCAAUGCCGAAGGCGAUAAUGGACGGAAUGAGAAUGUAAAGGACGUGAAAGAUUUGUCUGUCUCUAAGAGUAAGGUGACUCAUACGGAGACAAAAAUGACCUCAAAGGAAAUGAAGAGUGGACUUGACAAUGGUGAGGCACGGAAUCCAAGCCCAGCUAGUGGCAGUUUGUGGAGUACUUGGAGCGAGAGAGUCGAGGGUGUUAGAAGACUAAGAUUUUCCUUGGACGGGACUAUUGUUGAGAAUGAUCUUGUCCAAGUAGCAGACACCGAGCGUGUUGCGGAACGCGACUUCCUGCGGACUGAGGGAGAUCCUGGUGCAGCAGGUUACACAAUCAAAGAAGCAGUGGCACUAACUCGAAGUGUGAUUCCAGGGCAACGUGCUCUUGCAUUGCAUAUACUUUUAGCUGUUCUUGAUAAGGCAGUCCACAAUAUUUUCCAAGGUCAAGUUGGGUGUUCCAUUGGAAAUGAUGAUAAAGAUAACAAAUUUACCGAUUGGGAAGCUAUUUGGGCUUAUGCACUUGGCCCUGAAUCCGAGCUUGUUUUAUCGCUUAGGAUAUGUCUUGAUGACAAUCAUAAUUCUGUAGUUCUAGCUUGUGCCAAAGUCAUUCAGUGCAUAUUAACAUGUGAUGUGAAUGAAAGCUUCUUCAAUUUCUCAGAGAAAAUUACUCUCAAGGAUAUCUGUACUGCCCCUGUAUUCCGUAGCAGACCUGAGAUUGAUGUUGGUUUUCUACGAGGUGGAUUCUGGAAGUACAAUGCUAAGUCUUCUAAUGUUCUUACUCUUAACGACGAUAUUAUCAAUGAUGAAACCGAAGGGAAAAAUACAAUACAUGAUGAUAUCGUGGUUGCGGGACAAGAUUUUGCUGGAGGUUUGGUUAGAAUGGGAAUCCUUCCAAGGCUUCGCUAUCUUCUUGAGUCAGACCUUACAGCGGCUUUGGAAGAAUGCUUGAUUUCUAUACUCAUUGCCAUAGCAAGGCAUUCCCCAACAUGUGCAAAUGCAAUUAUGAAAUGCCAAAGGCUUAUUGAGACAGUUGUUGACAGAUUUACAGCAAACAAGAAUAUAGGAAUUCAUCCUUCUAAGAUAAAAUCUGUUAUUCUUUUAAAGGUGUUGGCUCGAUCUGAUAAGAAGACUUGUCUUGAAUUUAUAAAUAAUGGGGUUUACCAUAUCAUGACGUGGCAUUUAUGUCAAAACACUGCCUCUGUUGACCAAUGGGUUGAAUCUGGUCAAGAGAGCUGCAAGCUUUCAUCAGCUUUGAUAGUUGAACAAUUACGUUUUUGGAGGGUUUGCAUUCAGCAUGGGUAUUCGGUAUCGUGUUUCUCGGAUAUUUUCCCUUCCUUGUGCCUGUGGUUGAAUCCACCUACACUUGAAAAGCUUAUAGAGAAGGGCGUUCUUUGUGAAUUUGCUUCCCUCUCGGCGGAGACAUACCUUCUUCUACAGGCUUUGGCUACAAGACUUCCAAACAUCUUUUCACAAAUGAGUCUAGGAAAUCAAAUCCAGGAACAGGUUGGCGAUGACAUGGAGAUCUGGUCUUGGAGUCACGUUAGUCCAAUGGUUGAUUUAGCUGUGAAGUGGAUACUUGUAUUGGGUGAUCUACACACAUGUAAUUUUUGGCAAAGUGGGGUUAAGAGUGGUAAUGUUUUACAAGAUUCUCAUGUGACUUCAUUGCUGUGGGUGUAUUCUGCUGUAAUGGGCUUGCUUGCAGAAGUGUUCAAAAGAAUUAUUCCAGAUAAUACCAUCAAUCAGAUGGAAAAUGAUGGCAAUAUCCCUUGGCUUCCAGAGUUUGUUCCCAAAGUUGGACUUGAAAUUAUCAAAAGUAGGUUUCUGAGUUUCUCAGAUACCAUUGGUUCAAAUUUUGGAACAAGUCUUGUUGGAGAUGGUUCUUUCGUUGAAAAACUAUGCUAUUUGAGACAGAAAAACGAACAAGAAAUAUCAUUAGCUUCUGUAUGUUGCCUUCACGGAUUUUUCCAGACAAUCUCUGCCAUUGAUAACUUGAUCCAGCUGACCAAGAAAGAGGUAAAGAAUUCCCAAGACUGUAGUCUUUCAAGAGAAGAGGAAAUACUCAAGGAUGGGAUAUUGAAAGGGUCUCUGGUUGAACUGAGAAGCGUGCAAGAUAUUUUUAUGAAGUUGGUUGCUUCAGACUGGCAUUUAGUGCAGUCUAUUGAGACAUUCGGCAGAGGCGGGCCUGCUCCUGGGGUAGGAGUUGGCUGGGGUGCCUCUGGUGGAGGAUUUUGGUCAACAGAUGUUUUGUUGGCACAAGCAGAUUCAAGGCUAACUGUUGAUUUGCUUGAGUCUUUUCUGAUUUUGUCUAUGAGUGAUGUUCCCAGAGACGAGGAAAUAUCUUCUGUUGUGCAAAUUAUUAAUUCUUCCUUAGCCUUGACUUUAAUAGCCGGGCCUAGAGAGAGAAAUAUUGUGGACAAGGCAUUUAAACUUUUGGUCGAUGUCUCUAUUCUGAAGUAUCUUGAUCUCUGUAUUCGGCAUUUUCUUCGUCUUAAUGGGAGAAUUAAGCUGCUUGGCUGGGAAUAUAAAGAAGAGGAUUACCUGCUCUUCAGUAAGAUAUUAAUUUCUCAUUUCAGCAAUAGAUGGCUGUCUGUAAAAAGGAAGCUGAAAAAAGCAGAUAAAACACUUGAGAAAACUUAUGGUUCUUUGGAUACCAUACAUGAGGAUGAGGACUGGGACGCAUCAGAUAUUGUUCAAGACAGUACAUCCUUGGUCAUAGAGUGGGCUCACCAAAGAUUUACAUUACCUGUUCAUUGGUUUCUGAGUCCAAUUUCGACCCUUUGCAAUAGCAAGCAUGCUGGUCUUCGAAAAUGUUCCAAUUUAGAGUCUCUUAUGCAGGACCCAGGUGAUCUGCUUGAAGUUGCCAAAGGUGGUCUUUUUGUCCUCUUAGGUAUCAAACGAUGUCGAGUUUCCUCCCAAGUGACGUCCCUUCACCUGUUCAAAGCGUUCCAUUAGUUUGGAAACUGCAUUCUUUAUCUGUGAUCUUGCUAAUUGGAAUGGAUGUGAUUGAGGACGAGAAGAGUAAGGAUGUUUAUGAAGCUUUGCAAGAUCUAUAUGGUAAUAUUCUUGAUAAGGAAAGGCAUACAAGUGCCAAAAUGACUUGCGAGAAGAAUGUCAACCUGUCUUUGGAACCCAGAAAUGAAAAGUAUCUAGAGUUCUUGAGGUUUCAAUCGGACAUUCAUGACAGUUACUCAACUUUUAUUGAAACUCUUGUGGAGCAGUUUUCUGCUAUAUCUUAUGGCGAUUUAAUAUAUGGCCGGCAAGUUGCUGUUUAUUUACACUGAUGUGUUGAAGCUCCUGUUCGGCUUGCUGCUUGGAAGGCACUGACUAAUGCUCGUGUUCUUGAGCUUCUCCCGCCCUUGGAGUCUUGCUUCGGAGAAGCAGAAGGGUACCUUCAACCUAUAGAGGAUAAUGCUGAGAUUAUAGAGGCCUAUGUGAAAUCCUGGACUUCUGGUGCUCUCGACAGGGCUGCAAGUCGAGGAUCAAUUGCGUAUGUGCUGGUUCUCCACCACCUUUCACAUUUUAUCUUUCAUUCCAGUACUGGUGAUAAACUGCUUCUACGGAACAAGCUUGUGAGGUCACUUUUGAGAGACUUCUCCCUGAAGCAACACCAUGAGGCAAUGCUUUUGAAUCUAAUUCAAUAUGAAGAGAAAGCAUCAUCUCAGACGACUAAUUUGAAAGAUGAUUUGCAAUUAUACAGCAAUAUAAACAAAAGGCUUGAGGUCUUAACUGAAGGUUGCGAACAAAAUUCUUCUCUACUAAAUGAGGUAAAGAAGCUAAAGUCCCUUGUACAGAAUACAGUUUCGUGAGCUCAUCAAAAUUUUGUUUUGCAUGGAUGAGCUUUUUUGUAAACUUAUGUGUCGGUUUCUUUUUCUUUCAUUUCUAUCUGAUCACAUGACUUCUGACUUUGAGGACAACCCAACGAAAAGUUUUCUGCUGUAGAUAUAAAUUUUCAAAAAAUAGAAGAGUUAAAGGAAACACUUGUUGCAUAUUUCAUUCUGUUGAUUCAACCAAAAAAAAAAAAAAAGAAAGAAAAAGAAAAAGAAUGAGAUUUCAUGGAGGGUAGGAAAGCCCAGUAAAUGUUCUUUGUACUUGGGCACUUCAUUCCUUAAUUCGGACAAUGUUUGAUGUGAGGGAGGAUCCCCUAGCGGGAAAGACUUUAUUGACUGAUAAAUGAAAUCUUCUAGGUAUUCCAACUUCCAAGUAUAAAAAACGAGCCAGCAAAAUGAUAUGUGAUCUUGGCUUUGAAAGGCGACAAUUCAUGACCGUUUGAGUUUCUUUUGCGGCGUGUUGCUAAUGAUGUGUCACCAGUAAAGAUUGAACCCGAAAACCAGAUUGCAGUUUCU